GGAAAUGUAGCACCCGGUGGCAAUGCGGCACCCAGGGGGAAAAUAGCAGCCAGUGGCAGCGCGGUUUCCAGGGGAAAUAUGGCAUCCUGUGGCAGCGCGGUUUCCGGGGGACAUAUGGCAUCCAGUGGCAGCGCGGUUUCCGGGGGACAUAUGGCAUCCAGUGGCAGCGCGGUUUCCAGGGGACAUAUGGCAUCCAGUGGCAGCGCGGUUUCCAAAGGCAAUGCAGCUUCCAUUGGCAACGCU